AAGGAGACUCCUACACUCACACUCUUUUCUCUCUCUCUCUGUUAACUGAAACUGAGGUUGGUUCAAGCUCUGCCGUAAAAGGCCGCCGGCGACUCAACUCCUUUCUUCUUCGAGACCAAACAUUCCAAUUUCCAUCUAAAUUCAGCUCUGCCAAUCAACUGCUCAAGCUCAAGAUCAAUCAAUCACUGGAGGGAGGGAGGGAGCAGGAGGAUGACAAUGGGCUCAUCCUUCCGUACAAUAGCUAGACUCAGGCUCUGCUCAAUUUCCUCUUCUUCCUUUCUCCUCAAUUUCACUGCUACCAAUUCUAAAUCUAGAUAUCAUCUCCUUCUCCCAAUCCCUAUCUCAACAUCCACAAUUCACGCUAAUCCCAACUCCUCCACACCACUUUUUGCCAAACACAACAAUGCUGCCCACAACUCGGUGGUCACUCAUCGCCGGUUUCAGUCCACAUUGGCAGUGGCCACAAAUGCAGACUUGGAGACGGAUGCUUAUUCUGCAAUAGAAGUGGCGUUGGAUUCUGUGGUCAAGAUAUUCACUGUUUCCAGUGGCCCCAACUACUUCCUCCCAUGGCAGAACAAGUCUCAGCGCGAAUCGAUGGGCUCUGGCUUUGUAAUCCAUGGGAAAAGGAUUCUCACCAAUGCCCACGUAGUGGCUGAUCACACUUUUGUACUUGUAAGAAAGCAUGGCUCUCCUACCAAAUACAGAGCCCAAGUGCAAGCUGUUGGCCAUGAGUGUGACUUGGCCAUUCUGGCCGUUGAAAAUGAAGAAUUUUGGGAGGGUGUCAACCCCCUCGAGCUAGGAGAGAUUCCUUUUCUUCAAGAAGCUGUUGCUGUUGUUGGAUAUCCUCAAGGCGGGGACAACAUUUCUGUCACUAAAGGGGUUGUUUCCAGAGUUGAACCUACACAAUAUGUACAUGGUGCCACCCAGCUGAUGGCUAUACAAAUUGAUGCAGCCAUCAACCCGGGCAAUAGUGGCGGCCCAGCAAUCAUGGCCAAAAAGGUUGUUGGCGUUGCUUUCCAAAAUCUCUCAGGUGCAGAGAAUAUUGGUUAUAUAAUUCCAGUACCAGUAAUUAAGCAUUUUAUUACUGGUGUAGAAGAAAGUGGAAAAUAUGUCGGAUUCUGCUCUCUGGGUUUGUCAUGCCAGCCAACUGAAAACGUUCAACUGAGAAACUAUUUUCAGAUGCGGAAAGAUAUGACUGGUGUAUUAGUGAGCAAAAUUAACCCUCUUUCAGAUGCACAUAAAAUUUUGAAGAAAGAUGAUAUUAUUAUUGCAUUUGAUGGAGUGCCAAUAGCUAACGACGGAACAGUGUCUUUUCGAAAUAGAGAGCGUAUCACCUUUGAUCAUUUAGUUUCUAUGAAGAAACCCAAUGAAACAGCUCUAAUUAGAGUUCUGAGAAGUGGUGAAGAACAAGAAUUUAGUAUCAUCCUUCGACCUUUGGACCCACUAGUUCCAGUUCACCAGUUUGAUAAACUUCCAAGUUAUUAUAUUUUUGCUGGAUUGGUUUUUAUUCCACUCACACAACCAUAUCUUCACGAGUAUGGAGAAGACUGGUAUAAUACUUGCCCACGUCGCUUGUGCGAACGUGCACUUAGGGAAUUGCCUAAAAAGGCUGGGGAACAGCUUGUCAUCCUUUCUCAGGUGCUGAUGGAUGAUAUCAAUGCUGGUUACGAGCGCCUUGCAGAAAUGCAGGUUAAGAAGAUUAAUGGGGUAGAGAUAGAAAAUCUGAAACAUUUAUGCCAACUUGUGGAGAAGAACAAAGAAGAGAAUGUCCGUUUUGAUUUGGAUGAUGAAAGGGUUGUCAUAUUGAACUAUGAGGUUGCAAAGAUUGCUACUUCAAAAAUUUUGAAGCGGCACCGGAUACCAUCUGCCAUGUCCAGUGAUCUAGUUGAUGAAAGGCAACUAAAUUCUUAGUGAACUUAUUCUAUGUGUACAUUCUUAACUUUUAAUUCAUGGCUCAUGUUGGGUUUUGCUAGGAUUUUAUUCAUAUUGUAUUGUUUGUGCUCAACAGUCCACAAUACAUACCAAGGAAUUUAUUAUAGGGAGGAAUUUGUAGGCCAUCAAAUCAAAAAACAAUAAUUUAAAACUACGAAAUGCAGUGCCUUCUUCUUCUCCA